AUAAGAAUGAACGGGGCCCCGCCUCCGACGCUGUAUCCAGUUCUCUUUAUACAUCCAUGGUAGUACGCCGUGUGGAGGAGCCGGGACGCGACGCAGACGAGCCCGGCUGGAUGCCGGUGUAACACCCAGCGGAAGUACAGAACUCAGGGGCUAGUCACGUUGGUUGGCUGAUGCCGGUGCUUGGAAGAAGUCUGUCAGCACGACACGGAGAUAUCUUACUCGUAAUAAAGCAACAAUGUCUUCAGUUCAGUGUGUGAGAGAGUUAAUCAACGAGCGACUAACUGCUGCUGCUGAAGAAAUAUUCCGAGUUUUUCAAGAAACUAUCUCACAGUACGAGAAAGAGAUCAACCGUCAGCGCAGACUGCUGGAUUUCGUUUGGAAACCUGAAAUAAGGUUACAUAGAGUAGAGCUCCCACAGCAACAUGUCUGUAAUGAGGAGGAAGUUCUCGCCGACCAGCAGCUCUGUGACCUGGAGAGGAACACCAGUCUGGACCAAGAGGACCCAGAGCCUCCACAGAUUAAAGAGGAACAGAAGGAACUCUGUACCAGUCUGGAGGGAGAACAGCUGGUGCUGAAGCAGGAGAUGGAAACCUUUAUGUUGACUCCUACUUGUGAUGAAAGUGAAGAUCAGACUCUGGACUUGAGUCCUGAUGAAACUCAGAGUGAAGCAGAGAAAGAGCAUGUUGUCAACAUGUCAGUUAAAAGUUCUGUGGAACCAGAACCAAACAAUGACGACCAGCUGUUCUCUCACAACUCUGAUGUAGCUGAGAGCCAAGAUCACAAAAGAGGCAAACAUGGAGACUCAGGAUCAACUAGAAAAGCAGAGCCAAAACUAAAGAAGAGACGUUACAGAAGAAAAAAUCACACUAACAAUGAAGACAACUCUACCAAAUUAAAGAUUCGCAGGAAAACAGUGAAAAAGUCCUUCAAAUGUGGCACUUGUGGGAAAGUUUUUACAUGCAAGUCCAAAUUGCUAACACAUAUGAGAGUCCACACAGGUGAGAAGCCGUAUGCAUGUAACACCUGUGAGAGAAGAUUCACUCAGCUGGGUACAUUAAAAGCGCAUCUGAGAGUCCACACAGGUGAAAGGCCGUGCCCAUGUAACACUUGUGGGAAAAGAUUUUGUCAGAUGUCAGACUUGAGAAGGCAUGUAAAAAUUCAUUCAGCUGCAAAGCUGCACAAUUGCAAAACAUGAGGGAGACAUUUGUGGUGACAAUCUACAUGAGAAGAACCUGCUGACACAAAAGAUUCUGUCAUGUGUCUGAAUUGGAAAAGCGUACGAGUCCACACAAACAAGUAGCCUUGUAUUUAUGAAACGUUCCAGAGGAUUCAGUUGUGAUUAUGGAUAAAACACACAAGAACACAUAAUGGCAGCACAUGUUGACAAAAACAAUCCAUAAACAAGACAAACAAUUGAGCUGAAAUUCUUGUAGGCAAGUGUUCACCAAUAUCUUUGUAAAUGAAUGUAAAAUAUUCUCCAUGAAGAAGAGGUCAGAAUAUCUUCAUGUAAGUUGUCAACAACACUAUCAAGUUUUGUGCAAGAAGUCAAAAUUUAUAUGCAAGAGUGACUGGCAUGACUGUUUUAUUUUACUGUAUAAUAACGCUGUGAUGUAAAUAGUUGACUUUUUAAAUGAAUUUUAUUUUUUUGUAUUUUCAUACAGAACCUCAGUUAUUUGAGUGUAUUGUGAGAUCUCCGAUGUUGAAACAGAGAAACUCUAGAGGUGUUGGCUCACUUAAGUUUUCAUCCUUCAAACUAAAGUCUUUUUGUCUGCAGUGUUUAAUCAUUUUUUAUGUAUUUUGUGAUCAGUUUAACUUGAGAUGAAGUUAAAAAAAACAAUUUGUUUGCUGCUUUAGAGAUGACACACAGAUUGCAGAUGAUUUACUUCAUGGUGUUGUCAACACAUUUUAUGAACAAUAAAAUAUUUUUUCAUGA